AGGCACUGACCUCACCCCCCCACCCACCAUCAUAUCCGCCAUUCCAAUAUUUGCUCUCAAACCCCAACACUCCUUUCACCAAACGAAACAUAAAACAUAUGGCCACCACGUCUUUUACUGCUCCUAAACUCUCUUCCCCAACUUUCCAAACCCUUUGCAGAAAUCUUCCCCUUUCCCUCCCUAUCCCCAAGACCCUUUCUUCUUUUUCUUUCCAUCUUUCUCCCUUCCUCUCUCGCUUCCACCUCCACCACCACCACCCCACCCCUCGGUUCCACCCCCGCCGCCUCUUUGCCGUUCGUGCCGAAUCCGAGAAUGGCGCUGAGCCGCUUCGCCACUACGAUUUCGACCUCUUUACUAUAGGCGCCGGUAGUGGUGGUGUUCGUGCUUCCCGUUUCGCUGCCAAUUUUGGUGCUUCUGUUGCUGUUUGUGAGCUUCCGUUUUCGACUAUUUCUUCUGAGACCACCGGCGGCGUUGGCGGGACAUGCGUUCUUAGAGGAUGUGUACCAAAGAAACUAAUGGUUUACGCAUCAAAAUAUUCUCAUGAAUUUGAUGAGAGUAAUGGUUUUGGAUGGAAAUAUGACACGGAACCAAAGCAUGAUUGGAGCACCCUGAUGGCUAAUAAAAAUGCCGAGUUACAGCGUCUUACGGGUAUUUACAAGAACAUUCUCAACAAAGCGGGUGUCACAUUAAUCGAAGGCCGUGGAAAGAUUGUGGAUCCACACACUGUUGAUGUAGAUGGAAAGCUUUACACUGCAAGGCAUAUACUGAUUUCAGUUGGUGGACGUCCAUUUAUUCCUGAUAUUCCAGGAAGUGAGUAUGCAAUAGAUUCUGAUGCGGCCCUUGAUUUGCCCUCAAAACCAGAGAAAGUUGCUAUAGUAGGUGGGGGAUAUAUAGCUUUGGAAUUUGCUGGCAUUUUCAAUGGACUGACAAGUGAGGUUCAUGUAUUUAUACGUCAGAAGAAAGUUUUACGAGGGUUCGAUGAAGAGAUCAGGGAUUUUGUUGGAGAACAAAUGGCUCUACGGGGAAUUCAAUUUCAUACAGAGGAGUCACCUCAGGCAAUUGUUAAGUCAGCUGAUGGUUCACUGUCCCUGAAGACCAACAAAGGAACAACUGAAGGCUUUUCACAUAUAAUGUUUGCAACUGGUCGGAGGCCUAAUACAAAGAACUUAGGGUUGGAGUCUGUAGGGGUGAAAAUUAACAAGAACGGAGCAAUAGAGGUUGAUGAAUACUCGCGUACUACAGUACCUUCCAUUUGGGCUGUAGGGGAUGUCACAGAUAGAAUAAAUUUGACACCUGUUGCUUUGAUGGAAGGAGCAGCAUUAGCAAAAACACUGUUUCAGAAUGAACCAACGAAACCUGAUUAUAGGGCUGUACCCUCGGCCGUCUUUUCCCAGCCACCUAUUGGACAAGUUGGUCUUACUGAAGAACAGGCUAUAAAAGAAUAUGGUGAUAUCGAUGUCUACACAGCAAACUUCAGGCCGUUGAAGGCCACUCUUUCAGGGCUUCCUGAUCGGAUAUUCAUGAAACUUAUAGUCUGUGCAAAGACAAACAAAGUUAUUGGUUUGCACAUGUGUGGAGAAGAUUCAGCUGAAAUUGCGCAGGGAUUUGCAGUUGCUGUCAAAGCUGGCUUGACUAAAGUAGACUUUGAUGCCACCGUGGGUAUUCAUCCAACAUCAGCUGAGGAGUUUGUCACAAUGAGGACUCCUACUAGGAAAAUACGACAGAGCUCCGAGUCUCAGGGAAACAUGGGUCAUGAGGCAAAAACUGCAGCAGGGGUUUAGCUAGAGUAAUUGAAUAGGUCGCGUUUUGUUGGAGUUCCUUUCAAGGUUGAUGCUGAUUGUAACCUCCAUUACGAUGCAAACAAGCUGGUUGGUGGAAAAAAUCGUUCUGACACGAAGUUUCCCCUUUGCAUCCGAGUCAAACAUGCAUGCCAUGCCAUACAUCAUAAUUCCAACUUCUUACACAUCAUGGUAGUAAGAAAGUAAAAUUAUUUGCAUCUUCUUCGAUCAGUUCACAUUUUACUGUAAAAAAUGCUGUUAGAUCGAUCACAUGUAAACUAUAGCCGUUGCCUAUAUUUGGUCCAAAAUGUUUUUGGAUCAUUGAUGUUAAAAUAAACAGUGUUAAUUUGUUGCUUAACUGACAAAAUCUUUAGUUUCCAAUAAGAAUGAAUGCUCCGGAGUUAAUUAA